AUGUCAUCGGAUGAUAGUUUUUUCGAUGAAAAUUUUGAGAUGGAUUCACCAAUCCGUCCAUCUAGUCGAAUUCUUCGGUCUUCAUCAAUUUCAUCAGAAUCGAAUUCAAUAAUAUCAAGAGAUGUUUAUCGGAAACCUCGGGUUACUGCUGAUAUUGUAAAAGAAAUUGUUAGUGGAAGCUCCAAGUCCUCAAGAAGUGUUCAGAAGAUAAAAUUAUCCGUUGAAAGUGCUUCGAAUUAUGAGACGAAUAAUCGAUCAAGUCAAAUAUUUGAUAUGAGCCACCUCAAAGAAUGUAUUGAAUCUGCUCAUGUCUGUCAAGGUGGUCGACUCGAACUAAUUAUUGAUACUAAAAUGAAUUUCGGUUUAUUUCAUAAAAAUGCUUUAAAGUGUUCGAUCUGUGAUCAUACUACCAACUUGACAAACUUUCCAACUAGAUCAAAUGGAAUACAAGAACCAAACCACUGUCUUUACAGUGCCGGUGCUAUUAGUGGCAUUGGUUACGAUGCCACUCAUUUUUUAUUAUCAUUACUAGGAUUAAGUACGCCACAUAGAGACAACUUCUAUAAACAAGUUCACAAUUUGUAUGAUCAAUUAUUUUAUUUUGCUCAUCAGGACUUCUUAUGUUUAAUCGAUGAUGUCCGUCGUGCUAAUCAAUGCGAACUAAACGUUGUUAUGGACUUAACUAUCUCUCUUGAUGGUACUUGGAAGAAAAGAGGACAUCAAUCUCUAUAUGGAAUAGUUUUUCUCAUUGACGCUGAAUCCGGAUAUUGUUUGGAUUUUGAAACAGUGAGUAAACGAUGUGAGUUAUGUGAAGGAAAAAAGCGAACAUUAACAACAAUUCAAUUUGAAAGAUGGUAUACAACCCAUCAAUCAACAUGUUCAAAGACAUGGGAUGGCACUUCUGGUGGCAUGGAAAAGGAAGGAGCAAGAAAAAUUUUCGAGAGAUCUCUCGAGAAAGGAUUACGUUACAAACAUAUGAUAAGUGACGGCGAUUCAAGUGCUUAUGAAUCAGUCAAACUCACUUACAUCAAGAAAUUACUCAAAGAUGAAAAUGCUAAUGAGAGUAAUUUAUCACAGCUUUCUCCUGAACAAUAUGAAGCCAAUGUGGUUAUUAAGGAGGACUGUAUCAAUCACGUGAAAAAGCGAGUUUCUACUCAUCUGAAAACUUUAAAAAAUCGGCACAGUGGAUUUGAGAAACCAAUUGAAGAGAAUUUGGCAUCAGUAAUUGGUACAGCAAAAGAUAGUGAAGUAACAAAUGACGAGUCGUCGGAUUCAAAUCAACAAUCGCCAAGUGAAGAUGAUACUAAUAUUUCAUUGUUGGCGGCAUCGACUAGAAGAGUAGUUACACGACGACGACAACGACGACGACGACGACGAUUAGCUGAUGGUAAGAUGUAUGGUGGUGGAGUUGGUCGUAUGACCAAAUUGAUGGAACACAAGUUAGCUGACAGUUAUGGCAUUGCAAUUCGACAAUCCAGUGCAAUAGUUAAAAAUCUUGAUCAAGACCAAGCAGUUUUAACAAUGCAACGAUAUUGUCGGGCAGCUUUUCUACAUAAUAUAAAACAGUCUGAUCGUGAGCUUCAACAUGCAUGUUGUCCGACGGGCUUUGAUUCUUGGUGUUCUUAUCAAAGAGACAAACAUGUUUCGCCGUCACAAAGAACAGAUCAUGUAAAAAAUACGAAACGAUUGGACGCGGUUUUCCUCGACAUUCUUACACCUAUGAUUGAAUCACUGACUGAUCCAUCGUUACUACGUCGUUGCCUUAGAGGCAUGACACAAAAUGCUAAUGAAUCUAUCAAUUCUGUAGUUUGGUCAAUUUUGUCAAAGGCCAAAUAUCAUGGUUACCGAUCUGUACGAGGUGCAGCUGCAAUUUCUUCAAUUUUCUUUAAUCGUGGCCGAUCUGGACUUGUUAAGUUUUUUCAUCAAGCUGGAAUACCAAUCACGGAAAAUUUAUUGGACGCUCUUCUUGAAAAAGAUUGGAAACGAAUAGAAAAAGCUGAAAAUCAUGUUCAACGAUCCGAAGCUAUCCGACAGCGUAAAGAUCAACAACGAAUACAAGCACAAAUCGAAGCAGACGAAGAAAUGGACUAUGGUUCUGGUCUCUUCUAG